UACUACAGUGUACGAACACUCACUGCCGUCGCCGGUCGGUGUGGUCGCCGGCCCUACGGACUGUUACAAGGUUAAAGGAGUGCCGUAUGCCGAUUAUUUUGUCUAGACUGCCCUGCGACAUGCAAAAAUGUUCACGUACAAAGCAGGGGCCGAGAUUUUGUCCUCAACGCCGUUCGUCUACGUCUUGGGAAAAGAAGGCCGUGGCCGUGUGUGCGACUUUUGCUUUUUGGAAUCCGAGACCCUAAAACGGUGUUCUGCGUGCAGAUACGUCUACUUUUGCGACAAGCAAUGUCAGAGAUCGGCCUGGCCAGACCACAAGGUCGAGUGUGCAGGCUUGUGCAAAGUGUCCCCCAAUGUGCCAGACACAUCAGUGCGAUACUUCUGCAGACUGCUGGUGAAGCUCAGUAACAAAGAUGAAUGGUCAAAGGCUGAGAUGGUGUUUGGAAAGAAAAGGUGUUUUACAGAUCUCAUUUCACAUGUAGAGGCCAUCAAAAAUGACCAGUCACGCUACUUGAAAGAAUUUAAAAGGCUAUGGGAGACAACCAAAGUUUUUCUGGAUGACAAGUACUUGCCAGAACCUGAGGUGGGCCUAGAGAUUUAUGGCAAGAUGAUUAUUAACAGCUAUUGCAUAUGCAAUGAUGAACACUCUCCUGUUGGAACUGGCUUAUAUAUUGGCCCAUCAAUCCUUGACCAUUCCUGUUCUCCAAAUGCACAUGCAGUUUAUGAGGGUCACAAACUUCAACUUAGGGCUGCACAAGAUAUCAAAUGCAGCAAUUUUGAUGGUAUCAGAGUCAGCUACAUUGAUGUGAUGGCUCCAAAGAAUGUGAGGCAGCAAGAGUUAAAAAGCCAAUACUACUUUGAAUGCAGCUGCACAAAGUGUAGUGACAAGGUGCCUGAUUAUGUCGUGGAGAAGUCGCCUGCCCUUACUGCCAGUGUGAAAAAAAAGAUGAAGGAAGUUGAGGAACAAGCAAUGCAGCAUACUACAACCCUCCUGCAGCUGCGCCAAUGGGCUGAAGACCUACUGGAAACAGAGCAGCUCGCAGAAGCAGAUUAUGCACGCAUCCAUGUUCUGGACCUGCUGUCCAAGUGCUGUCUUGGUUUAGAGGACUACCAGGCUGCACUGCCGCCUUACCUGGCACGAGAGCCCAUCUACAGACAAUCUUAUGGGCUGUACAGUCCUGUUUAUGGCGUGCUGCUGUACAGCAUAGCGAAGCUCUACCACAUUACAGUACAACUAAAAAAGGCUAUGGAGUACUUUGAGAAGGCUGAAGCUGUGCUGGCUGUCAGUCAUGGGCGUUCUCACUCGCUCUACAAACAUCUGGAGGAAGCAUACCUCCACUGCAAGAUAGAAGUGGAAAAUCCAGGAAAGGGGGAGGCCAUCACAGUUAAAUAACAUCGGUAGACACACUCACAUUGAAGUGUGGUAUACCUUCUCAUCUGCAUAUUUUAAUGUCGUGAAAGGGCCAAUAUUUUUUUACGCAUGUUUAAACCGUGCAACAGAUUAAACAGAUUUCUUUGUUCAAGUCAUGCAGAAUUUAUUGGAGUGUGCCAAAUGUUUUGAUGCAUUCUUAUGGAAUGUGCUAGAAGUAAAAAAAUGAAAUAAAGCUUGCACGCAUCUA